AUGCCCAAUUGCCCCGCCCAUAUAUAUCAUGUGAUCGUAGAUUAUGUGACGACAGUUCUACUACUUAUGGAAAUUGCACCAUCUUUUAAUCAUGUCUACCGUAUAGUACUAACACUAGUAUCCCCUUUGCAAAAUAUCCCUCUUGAAUA